AGGGCAAAAGGUCCAAAGGUCCAAAGCUGCAAAGCUGUUAAAAGGCGCAAAAACAAAACCCUACCGAUGCUAUUAAUGUCGUGCACUGUAUAUGCUGGAGCAGCAUGAUUGGCCGGGUGGCGUCACAGCCGCACAACCAUAACUUUUGGCCCACUAUUGAAAGGCUGUGCGUCUGUCAAGUCGUGCGCGGCGCUGGGCGCAAAAUAAUGAAGAGCACCUGCAGCCUUAUUUUUCCCGGCACCAUAUUGCCAUUCUGCUAAAUCAUCUCAUAACCUUGCUUCGCCGCUCUCUAUUUCACUGUUUCUCUUUGGCACCAUGCUGCAAAUGAUAACAACACGCAAUGUGUUUGUCGGUGGGUUGCUGUUAAGGGUGGGUAUGCUUCUAUUUGGCCUGUGGCAGGACGCACACAUGACAGUCAAGUACACCGACAUCGAUUACAGCGUGUUCACCGACGCUGCGCGCUUUGUGUGGGCAGGCGCCAGCCCUUACCAGCGGUCCACGUACAGGUACACACCACUGCUGGCGUGGCUGCUGACACCCAACAUCUGGCUGCACGCGACAUUCGGCAAGUGGCUGUUCGUUGCCUGUGACUGCGCUGUUGGUGCCCUCAUCACACGCAUACUUAGGGCGCGCAAAAUUGACGAUUCCACCGCAGCUGCGUAUGCGGCACUGUGGCUGCUGAACCCGCAGGUGGCCACCAUCUCGACGCGCGGUAGCGCCGAGUCUGUGGUUUGCGCAGCCGUGAUGGCGGCUCUCUAUGCGUUCCAGCGCCGGAGCCUGGUUCUGGGCUCGGCGCUGUUUGGCCUGGCCGUGCAUUUGAAGAUCUACCCCAUUGUGUACGCACUUCCCCUUCUGGUCGCGCUGGACAGCACAACGUACGGCGCACAGCCAAGCUCGCAAGCCAGGCUGUUGAACGUGUACCGCGUAAAGUUUUUUGCCAUCGGUGCCGGCGUGUUUAUGUUGCUGAGCGCGGUCAUGUACGGCGCCUACGGCCGUGAGUUUGUUGACGAGACUUAUUUAUACCAUGUCACUCGCAAGGACCAUCGCCACAACUACUCGAUGUGGUUCUUCCCCAUUUACUUGGAGUUUCACUCGUCAGCAAGCCUCGUUAUGGGCCUGUUGUCUUUUCUGCCCCAGGUCGCUGUCGUUGCCACGAUUGGCCUUGUCUACGGGAAGGACCUGUACUUUGCUGCUUUUGCCCAGACAUUUGCAUUCGUCGCAUACAACAAGGUGUGCACUGCACAGUACUUUAUGUGGUAUGUUUGCUUUCUUCCCGUUGUUUGGCCGUACAAUUCCCAGAGGCUUUGGCCCAAGGGUGCCGCUCUGUUGGCCGUAUGGUUUGGCUCGCAGGCGCUCUACCUGCAACAGGCAUACCGCCUCGAGUUCCUUGGCGAAAACACUUUUGCCUGGCUGUGGCUCGCAGGACUGGCCAUUUUCGCGUCGAAUAACUGGAUCUUGCAGCAGAUAAUUGCGUCCCAGCGGAUCGAGCCGCUGUUUACAAGCAGCAGUUUGGUUUCGGCAUUGCGCCCUAAGGACCGCAGCUCCAAAAAGGACCGGUGAACGCACUCCUAUGUACCCGUGCAAAUCAGCCAACACCGCUUAAUCUAAGAGCAACAUGUAUAUUUGAAAG